AUGGAUCAAAAAGGCCAAUCUACGGAUUCGGAUUCCUGCGUCCUGGAGAUGCAUCAGCUGGCCCAUGAGCUGGAAGAUAAGCUGGCCACCCUGAACUCGUCCAAGGCGCAGGGCGGCGAUGUUUGCCGUCCUUGUUCCAUCGUCGUCGGCAAGGUCCGCGACCUCACGCGCAACGUCGACAGCAGCGAGUACGAUCCUGACCACGUCGCCAUCGGCCCGUACAACUACCCUCGGCCCCAGAGCAACAACCCACACCUCGCCGUGGAGCAUGAAAAGCUGGCAAGCCUCGACAUGGUGCUCUCAGCGGCAAAGGCAGCAAGACCGACCAUGACGGUGGAGGUCUAUGUCAAGGAGCUGGCAUGCCUGGAGCGUGACACCAGGAACUGCUACGCCAACACAUUUGAUGACAUGACGAGCGAGCAAUUCGUGCGCAUGCUGCUCCUCGACGGCUGUUACAUACUGUCCCGCCUUGUCGGCCUCAGAUCACAUCAUCUAGAUCUAGAUGAUGUGGGGACUGCGGAGGCCGCCGUCUCGUCGGCAAACAGGGCGGAGGCGCUAGCUGUGGUCCGCGACGUGUUCUAUCUCGCGGAGAACCAGAUACCGUUCUUCGUCCUUGAGAAGAUCGGGGAGCUGACCACUUUGGACGGUAAGGAUGGUGUGCUUACAGAGAUCUCGGAUUAUGCCCUUGAUCUCAUGAGGAGACAAAUGUACGCCAUGGCCGCGCCGGCCAUGGUGCUGCCAGAGCAGGCGGUACCCGGUAAUCUUCUCCAUCUUCUUCAUAUGCACUUGAAACCACUCUCUGUCUCGCCUGCCAUGCCGGUUUGCACUGCCGAUCCCGUGCGCCGGUGGCGCUCGGCGACGGAGUACAACUUCGUAGGAGUGAAGUUCAAGGCUCGGGCCAUGGGCGAGAAGGGUCUCAUCCGCUGCAUCCUCGACGUCAAGUUGGACGGCAGUGGAGGCACUCUGGAGGUCCCAUGCCUGGACAUCGACUCCGAGACAUGGCGGUUAUUACGAAACUUGAUAGAGCUGGAGCAACGUAACCGGGAGACAGUGGGGAGCCACGUCACGGCAUACUGCGUGUUCAUAUCCCAGGUGGCCUGCACCACGAAGGACGUGGAGCUCCUGUCGAAGAGAGGCGUCAUCGUGCAUGGCCAUGGCAACAAUGAAGAGGUGGCCAAAUGCUUCGCCGACCUUUGCAAGGGGAUCCAGUUCGACCCGGAUGACCCCAACUGCAACUACCUUCGGGAGACAUGCAAGAAGCUUGAGAAGCGGUUCCAGAGCCAGCCGCGGAGGUGGAUUGCGUGGCUAAAGCAGAGGUACUUGAGGAACCCCUGGUUGGUCCUUGGACACAAGCUAGAUCUGUUGAGCCAGCGGCGUCCGUCCUUGUCCCAUCUUCGUCGGCAAGGUUCGUGA